AUGUCGACAGAGGCACGCGACGCAGCCAUCCGAGAAGCAAAACGGCACGUCUUUGAGGUCGUUCGGAACGACUGGGCCUUUGAGCCCUCGUCGGCCACUUCUGGCGCGCCAGCAUCGGCCUCGCCCGAAGCCCCCGAGCAGCAAUGGCUCGAAUGGCGGCUCCGCGAAUACGACAGCUCCGGGUCCGAAUUAGAGCCGCAGGAUGAGCCAGAUAGCCCUGGGGAGCUGGACGGUGACUCGUCCGAUUCGUCGCGGGUGGUGACUGCGCGGGAGCGGCGGCGCAAGCGGCGCAGACAGCUGGAGGAGGAUGAGAUGCGGUGGAAUAUCGGGUUGCGGACGUGGGUUGAGAGGCGGGAUGCGUGGACGGGGGCGCGAUCGAAGGAGGAGGUUUUGGCGACAGAGGAUCGAGAACGAGGCCCUGCCGUGCAUACUCCGGGGGAGGCACAGGCUACGGGUGAUGAGCGGGAUGGCACCGCUGAUCUUGUUGCGCGGACAGGGAGCUCGCUUGCGAUCGCUGAGAAGGAAGGGGAGCUGCGGCAGACGCAGGCAGAUCAAGCUGUCGAUGAAGCUGCCAAGGAAUCGACAGAGACGGGCCUGGCCGUACCAGGCCCGGAGUCCUCGCAUGAUGAGUCUGUCUCUUCACCACCACCACCUCUGUCCGCCGGCGAAGUCCGCGACCCCCUCAUACCUGUCGCCCCGUCCUUCAUCCCUGUAAGCAACCCCGUGCGCGCUUCAAUCACGCCUGCCAUGUAUCCGUCUAUCUACUCCAAGGUGGUGGUGCAGGCACUGACGCCCACGGUACCCAUCAACCUCGCCGAUGUCGUCAAGGCCAUGGUGCAGGGAUGGAAAUCAGACGGCCAGUGGCCCCCCAAACCGACCUCCAUCGUCCUCCCGGAUGACUCUAUCGUGCAUAAGAACGGCAGCGCCGCAGGCGAUGCACAGGGAUCUCGCGAGUCUAAACGGCGAUCGAGCGUCGUCGGCGCCGUGAAGAAGGUGUUCCAUUUCUCCGGCUUCCACUCGAACCCGUUCCAUCGCCGCGGCUCGAGUCAUGGCAGUCACCCCGAGGCGCACGACGGGCAGCCCAAGGAUGGAGGGCCUGAUCCUCUGGGUGCUGAGCAUCCGAGCAAAUGA